AACUUCUAUCAUUAUUGUUCAUUGAUAUUCCCCCACUUCCUUUCCAAUUAUGGCGACAUUAAUUCCUCUCUCUUACUUUUAUCAAUUUGACAACCAACAACCUAAUCAAUCAAUCAUUCAUCGCUAACAACUGUGAAAUUCCCAGAAUUUCUCAAUAAUUUUGCAGAAUGGCUAUGGCGGGCGAAAGGUCAUGGUCUUCCAGCGAUGGAGAUGAAGAUAAAGUUCUUACUUUAUGUAAAUUACCCUUUUGGCAAUUCAGUAAUGGAAGCCAUAGUAGUACUACUACCACAUCGUCUUCUAGUCAGUUUAUUCAACCUCAAUGGCUUGGAAUUGGUGAACCCCAAAUUGGGCGUCAACGUCAACUCACUGUUUCUUCUAUCGCUAAAUCUUUGAUUCCUCCUCGUCGCAAACUUCGUCUUGAUCCUCCCAGUAAACUGUAUUUUCCCUAUGAACCUGGAAAGCAAGUCAGAAGUGCAAUUACCAUCAAGAAUAUAUCCAAGUCUCAUGUUGCCUUCAAGUUUCAAACAACUGCUCCAAAGAGCUGUUAUAUGCGUCCUCCGGGUGGUAUACUCGCUCCAGGAGAAAGCUUAGUAGCUGUCGUAUUUAAAUUUGUGGAACCUCCAGAAAACAAUGAAAAGCCAUUAGACCAGAAAAGCAAGGUUAAGUUCAAGAUCAUGAGCUUGAAAGUGAAAGGUGUUCAGGUUGACUAUAUUCCAGAACUGUUUGAAGAACAGAGAGACCAAGUAUCUAUUGAACAAAUCAUGAGGGUUGUUUUUCUUGAUGCAGAACGGCCUAGUCCGGCACUUGAAAAACUCAAGCGACAAUUAGCUGAGGCGGAUGCAAUGGCUGAAACACGAAAAAAGCCUCAAGAGGAUGUUGGUACGCGAAUUGGAGGAGAAGGCCUAGUUAUAGAUGAAUGGAAAGAGCGUAGGGAGCGAUAUCUAGCUCAGCAGCAUGGCGAAGCUUCAUGCACCGUGUGACUUGCCACAAUUUAGAAGUCGCUAGGAACUAUUCCUCUGUACCUUUGAGUUUGUUGCAUUGUGGUUUUCAAUGUGAGAGUUUUUGACCAAAAUGGAGCUAACUCAAAGGGACGGAGAAGUAUUUUUGAAAGCUUCUUAUCGCUUUUUGAGAUAUAAUUGACCUGAAAUUGAAUGAAAUGUAUGAUUAAGAAGACGAACGAAAAAGGACGAUGAUUUGAGCAUUUUGGUUUCAAAUUCGUUUCGUAAUCGAUUAAGGCUCUACACCAACUUUAAAUGAUGAUCAACAAAAGGCAUAUAUCUUGUGAUGAAUAAAAUUUCUAGUGUAUUUCAUUCUUGA